AUGGCAACCAUGGAUAUAAUCAAGCUGCAUGGUGGCAGCCCAGCAAACUUUCUAGACGUCGGCGGAGGAGCCAACGCAUCUCAGGUGACUGAGGCAUUUCGUCUUAUAACUUCCGACUCCAAAGUUCACGCUAUUCUAGUAAACAUCUUCGGUGGUAUUAUGCGGUGUGAUGUAAUUGCCCAAGGAAUUGUUGCCGCUGCCGCCGAGCUCAACAUUAAAGUUCCUAUAGUCGUCCGGUUGCAGGAUGUCGACUUGUUUGCCCCUGGGUGUUUCUGCAUCCCUUGUCCUGUUUUAUUCAUUGGUUUGUAA